AUGGGGCGCGUGGAGCUUCCCCUGCUGGGUGACGGUGUCUCUGCGGAGGAGGAGCUGCCCCGAUGUUCGUGGUGCGGCAGCGUCUCCAGGAGUGUGUGUGGCUACUGCAAGGUCAGGGCGUACUGCAGCUUGGAGUGCCAGCAGAAUGACUGGAAGUCUGGGCACCAAACGGCAUGUGUUCGGGUAGCACCACCUGCUGUGCAAGCAGAGGACAAGGACUUCCAGCUUUACGAGGUGCCCUAUGUCGUGCGCUGGGCCAUCAACUUGGAGCAGUGGAGGAUGUCAGCAGACAGCAAGGAGUACGCGUUCUUGCUCAGCCGCAUUCCCGACAACGAUGCAAGAAAGCGAAUUGCCUCAUCGAAGUCAUGGAGCGCGGCGAAGCUUUCGCUGGCCAAGGAGCUCGCAGUGCGUCGGAUGGCCGAGGUCCUCACGCAGGCCAUCUGGACGAAGGUGCAGUGGCGGCAUGACUCGACCGCCGACAGGGACUUCCUCUUGCAGAAAGAGGAGUAUGUUUGGACCGGGCAGAAGUACCAAAACUCCAACCGGAGGUUCCCAAAUUUCAACUUCUCGAUGAUCGAGACCGACAGCUACUUGUUCCUCGUCUCCCAUCCGCUGGCCAUCACCGGCAUCUAUGCGAGUGGCCCGUUGACCGCGGCUAUGCCAGACCCGAGAGAAGCCUUUGCCGAAGAGCUUGCAGCCGCCACGCAUGCGGAGCAAGUAAAGGCGGUGCAGUCUCCCACUCCCGCGGUCUCUGCUGAGGAGGAGGAAGACUCCCGCAUGCUCGGUGACGCAGAACUGAUUGAGGUGUGUGAGCCAGCUUCAGAUCAGCAACGCCGCGAGCGGUUGCGGCACGCCUUGGUGGGGAAGUUCGCGUACUUCAGGACUGUAGGCAAGACCACCGGAAGGCAGUGGAGUCAGGUUGUGCUUGGCCAGGAGGAGGUUUCUGAUGCCGUCGCCGGCGGUGCAGAACCAGAUGACAGGCCGUCCAGACCUCGAAGGCAUCCUCUUCGCCUAGCGUGCCGUCCACUGCCCAGGUGGAGGUGCGAUGUUCAUUGCUGGAGGGACAACUAUAUUGUUGUUUGUCGCGGACCACCAGAUGAAACUGUAGACCCUGAAGGUGAGUUCCAGCGCACACAGGCGGCAAGGUUCCUGGAAAUCGACAGCUACGACAAAGCUCUGGAUCACACGGAGCCGCAGUUCAUUGAGGUGCCGAUAGUGGAGCUGCUCCCUGAGAAGUGGCACUCGGACUACGUGCGGGCUUGUGGAGGCGGUGAGCGAGGGGACCAGACCCGGAUCAACGACCUGGGCCCCUACAGGCCUCACAUACCGAAAGUCUGA